AUGCGAAAUGGUACCACUCAAGCAGAGGUUUUGUUCUUUCAGACACUGGGACUAGUGUCGAUAAUACUGCGAAGUAUAGUACCACCAGGGAUAUUUCAUAUUUCUUCCUGUGUCCUUCAUAUUGGCAUUUGGUUAACUUUUGCGUUCGAUCUGUUACUUAUCGUGGUACCAGUGAUGCUGACUCUGGUUUUAUUUUCGGAUUAUGCACCGCCAUUACUGUUAUAUGGCUUUCUUGCUACAGCUGAUGCUAUACUAUCCGUAGAUUUUGAUGUAUUUCCAUGUCGGUUUACGAAGACAGUAAUUUUUGACCGAAGUGUCAUGGUUCUCGGCACAGCUACAUUUAUUGUUUUGCUAUGGUUGAUGUGUUCUGACAUUAUCCUGGAAGAGUAA